GGCUCGGACAAGACCUCUUUUCAUCCUUAAUCUCAUCACAGACAAUCCGGCUUUUUGACAGGUUUCAAUCUUGCUUGUCAAUAAGUAAGCAGCCAAGAUGUCGUCCGACGAGAUUGUUUGGCAGGUUAUCAACCAGCAGUUUUGUUCUUACAAACUGAAAACCACUAAAGGCCAAAAUUUCUGCCGCAACGAAUACAACGUCUCGGGGCUCUGCAACCGCCAAUCCUGCCCGCUGGCCAACUCGCGCUAUGCGACGGUGCGCUCCGACCCGGAGACGGGCACGAUGUACCUGUACAUGAAGACGAUCGAGCGGGCGCACAUGCCGUCCAAGUGGUGGGAGCGGAUCAGGCUUUCCUCCAACUACGCCAAGGCGCUGGAGCAGCUGGACGAGCGGCUGAUCUACUGGCCCAAGUUCCUGGUGCACAAGUGCAAGCAGCGGCUGACGCGGCUGACGCAGGUGUCCAUCCGCAUGCGGAAGCUGGCCAAGGAGGAGGAGCGCCUCGGCGAGACGGUGGUGCCGCGGUUGGCGCCCAAGGUGCGGCGGCGCGAGGCGACCCGCGAGCGCAAGGCCGAGUCCGCGGCCAAGAUCGAGCGCGCCAUCGAGCGCGAGCUGAUCGAGCGGCUGCGGAGCGGCGCCUACGGCGACCGGCCGCUGAACGUCGAGGAGGGGAUCUGGAAGAAGGUGCUCCGCGGGCUGGAGCGGACGGGCGAGGGCGAGAGGGAUGAGGACAUGGAUGAUGGGGAGCAGAUCGAGGAUGAGAUGGAGGAGGAAGAGGAGGAAGGCGUCGGCCAGGUCGAGUAUGUCAGUGAUGUCGAGGAGAGUGAUCUCGAGGACCUGGAGGAUUGGAUCGGGGAGGACUCCGGCGCCGAUAGUGAGGAUUACAGUGAGGAGGAUGAUGAGAGUGAUGAUGGCCAGGACAGUGAGGACGAUGAGGAUGACUCGCAGCAUAGUGAGGAUGAGGGCGACAAGAAGAAGCCCGCGCCUGGCUUCAAGCGCAAGCGUCCUGCUCCUCAGGCUAAGCCCCGCAAGAAGGGUGCCCGCAUUGAGAUCGAGUAUGAAACUGAGGGUGCUGGCAAGGUUCUGGCUUAAAGCAACUAGGAUCGUUGCGUGAUGCGGGGAAACACUACAAAAGCUCGGUUUUUUUUUCUUACCCCUCCUGUUUCGUAUGGCGUUGCCUGGUUCGAGUUGUUUUAAUGUAUCUAUUGACCUACUUUCUGACCGUCUUAUGCUGCGAUCGGGCAUAU